GCGCAUGCGUCAGACACAGGCGCAACAGAAGCAGUAGGAGAAAAACAACAACAUUCAUAGGAACAGGGGUGGAAUGUAUGGCAGCGCGAAGAGACCCCGUACCACACUGAUCUAGCACGUAUCUUAGGCUUUUUUAGUUCGACUUGACUUGUAAAUGUUGCCGAGCCCAUGAACCUGGCCAGUCAGAGCGGAGAGGCCGGCUGCAGCCAGCUGCUCUUCGCCAACUUUAAUCAGGAUAACACAUCCUUAGCUGUCGGUACCAAGUCUGGAUACAAGUUUUUUUCCUUGUCAUCAGUGGACAAUUUGGAACAGAUAUAUGAAUGUACUGACACAGAGGAUGUGUGUAUUGUGGAACGACUGUUCUCCAGCAGCCUUGUUGCUAUCGUCAGCCUUAAGGCACCUAGAAAACUGAAGGUGUGUCAUUUCAAGAAAGGAACGGAGAUAUGCAACUACAGCUACUCAAACACUAUACUGGCUGUGAAACUAAACAGACAGAGAUUGAUAGUGUGUUUAGAGGAGUCACUGUAUAUCCAUAACAUUAGGGAUAUGAAAGUACUACAUACCAUUCGAGAGACCCCUCCAAAUCCUUCAGGACUAUGUGCCCUGUCAAUCAGUAAUGACAACUGCUACUUAGCCUAUCCAGGAAGUGCAACAAUUGGGGAGGUGCAAGUUUUUGACACGGUGAAUCUGAGGGCAGCGAAUAUGAUCCCUGCCCAUGACAGCCCAUUAGCAGCACUGGCGUGUGAUGCAAGCGGCACUAAACUGGCCACAGCCUCUGAGAAGGGCACUGUUAUCCGUGUGUUCUCCAUUCCGGAGGGCCAAAAGCUCUUUGAGUUUAGGAGGGGAGUAAAGAGAUGUGUCAGCAUCUGCUCCCUUGCCUUCAGUAUGGAGGGACUCUACCUAUCUGCCUCAAGCAACACAGAGACGGUUCAUAUUUUUAAGCUGGAGACGCAGAGAGAGAAGUCAGUGCCUCAAGAGGAACCCACUACUUGGACGGGAUACUUUGGCAAAGUAUUGAUGGCCUCCACAACGUAUCUGCCUGCACAUGUGACAGAGAUGUUCACUCAAGGAAGGGCAUUCGCUACAGUCAGGUUGCCCUUCUCAGGUCACAAGAACAUCUGCGCUUUGGCCAUAAUCCAAAAGAUUCCACGCCUUCUGGUGGCAGCCUCGGAUGGUUAUCUUUACUUGUACAACCUGGACCCUCAGGAGGGUGGAGAGUGCACACUAAUGAAACAGCAUAAGUUAGAUGGAAGCGUGGAACCAGCAAAUGAAAUUCUCGAUCAGACUGCACAUGACCGGCCACUUGUGGCACAGACCUACAGUGCUGCUGUUGCCAAAGGUUACACUGAGGAUCAGGGAGCUGUAGGGGGCGCUGGAGUGGAGGAUGAAAUGAGCGCUCUACACCUGGAUGAAGAGAACGAGCAGCCUCCCUUAAUCCUGGAAACGGACUGAGCCUCUGUCAGUCACAGAAGAUGGAAUCGACAGAGUGAUGUUGCGGAGGGGGGUUUCCACCUCUGGUGCUGCUAUGAACGUGUGUGACCCGAUAGAGGAGGGAUUAAAAGAGAGAUCAUUUUAAAGCAAGUCUAGCUGUAGCCUUACUCUGUUGUUGCGUAUAGAUGUUUUCCUUCCCUCACCCUUGUGGCUUUAUAAAAUCUGGUGAAUUUUUGUUUUGUUUUUAAAAUGCCCACAGACGUCUUUAAUCAGACCAAAAAAAGGAAUCCAAGCUCUCCUAGCUUUGCAUGUACAUGUGCCAAGAAUAGAAACGUUAGAAAACCUUUGCUUCAUGUUGAUGGUUCCGAUGUAUCUGCUGGCCAUUUCUCCUCUUUAACUUUGACAAACACGUUUGUGUAUUUGUGUCUUUUAAAAUGUGAUUGAAAGCUAACCGGCUUGCGUCGCCUGUCACAACACCACUCAACUGUGAGACGUCCCGUACGAGUCGACGAGUGGUACAAAGAUGUGAAAUUUGUCCUGUAAUAUACAUGUUGAUAUGGCAGCCUGGUUACGAUUACUGUUUAUUAUGCCAUCGAUGGCCUAAAGUGUGUUUAUAACAGGCCGCAUUAAUAGAAGUCUCGCUUUCUCUUUUAUAUUUGCUGCGUCUAUAAGCACACAUGCUUUAAAAUACUCUCUUUUAAUGAAUCCCAUGCCACCUGGACAAUUUGGUUAACCAGUUUGACCCAUAGAGAUUAUAAGCCUGGUUUUGCUUUGAUAUGCCUCUGGUGUAUUUCUACGUUUCAUAUCAUUGACGAUUUUAUUGUUAUUUUUAAGUUCCAACCAUUUCUGUAACCUCAGUUGGAGAAAAGGCUCUGCAAUGAAGGCAAGUAAUGCAUUGAUUUAGGAAGCAAAAAAGGCAGUCGGUUGUAUCCAGAGACAUUUUGUUUUAGGCCGAAAAAAUCUCUUAUUUUCUUUUUACAAUUAAAAGCAGAUAUCUGAUGUCAACAUGUGAAGGUUUGAUGUUGAUGGACUUCUUCCUAAGAUAAAGCAAAAUGUAAAAGGUUACUGAACUCUUUGCCUUGUGACAGUGAAGUGGAAAAUCUUGGUGUGCAGGAUGGUGUGAGCUUACAAUUGGGGUAUGUUCAGAUGUCCCUGUGGACUGAAGUUUGUUAAACAAACAUGACGGAAGCCCAGGUCACAUGGUCUGGCAGUUGAACCAGAACAGAUCAAAUAAUAUUAAUAAACAAUAAUGUGAAAUGUAGGGUUCCUGAGUUCUUGUGAGAAACUAAAGUACUGGAGCUUAUGACUGUGAUGCUAGCCAGUGUGUGCAAAUAAACAACACAGACAUUUGGA